AUGGAUGUCCAUCACAGUGAAGAUUUCAGUUCAUCUCAUAACACUGAAAGAGUUAGUUGUUUUGAAAAAGUAUUGGGGAAACCAGAACACGACGAAAAUACGAACCAAAUAUUUACAGAAGAAAAUGGGUUAUUUACUGAUGAAAAUAAUGUGCAAGAAUCGGAUAAAUACACCCAUGGGAAACAAAACUGGCAAAGGACAAACGAUGAUUCAACUGACAGGAAUGAAUCAAAACGUCAAUGCUGUACGAGUGUCAAUACUAGAAUGCUUAUCUACAAGGCAUUUUUCUUUUUUUUCUACGCGGGGAUUGGCUCUCUGAUACCAUUUUURUCCGUGUUUUAUAAACAGCUCUGGCUGUCUGCCAAGCAAACUGGAAUAUUACUGGGAAUCGGUCCUCUCAUCAAGAUGGUAGCCAUUCCAAUGUGGGGCGUAAUUGCAGACUUUUAUAAGAAGAGUAAAAUCAUUUUUAUAUUCUCCCUCGUAGCUUGGUUAGUAGCAUAUUAUUCUAUAUCACUCGUGUCACCGGUUUUCCAUGUGGGAUUCUGUCAAGACAAUAGUUCUAUGAGCUUAGCUGAAGAUAUACUGAACGAUCUGAUCGCAAAAAACAGACGGACACAAUCUCCCAUCACUCCACAUCGAAUCCAACCCACUACAAAAAGAAAUUCUGAAAACACAAGUUUUUCAGUUUCAAGUUUGGAAACUCAUAAUAAGGUACCUCAAGAGAUCCAAAAAGUUAUCAAGCGUCGAAUGUUGCCUAGUUACGGCCGGAAUAAUAAAUUACUAAAYGAAAAUUUUGAGAGAGGACAAAGCAACAAUAUGGAAAAUAAUUCGUUUCUCGUUAGGAACCGCACAGAUGUUAGAAGAAGUGUAACGUUGGAGGCGGAGAAGAAAAAAGAUGGAAUGAAAAAUAGAAUKAACACCUAUGGAUAUUUAAAAAAGUUAAUCCACAAACUUCGCAAAUCAGAUAAAUUCAAAAGUGAGUUUGCAUCUAAAAUUUUGUCUACUGCUGAGUUACUUGCCAACUCAAGCGAUGUCUUCAACACCAGUGAAAUAUCAUCAAUAUUCACCCGAGAACAGUUAGAGAGAAUCUUUGAUUAUCUCAACAUGCAAGGCCACUAUCCCUGGCCUUUGGACACCAUUAUGAAUUAUAAGGGAACUCAAGAUUCAAACGAAUGGCAGAAGAAUCAGAAUAAUCAUAUGUUUACUGUGCUCUUUGUGAUCACAGCUGUGGGGAAUCUGCUGUCAUCACCUUCAUCUACUCUAGGUGACAUUGCCACACUUCAACAACUUGGCGAAAGAAGAGAAGAUUACGGCAAACAACGAUUGUGGGGAUCAUUUGGUUGGGGAACUGGAGCAUUUGUCAUCGGUGCUUGUAUCAGCACAAUCCAAGAACUAAACAACUGCAAUAAUCCACUUAACGUUGACUACAUGCCUUGUUUCUACUCCUUCGCCAUUCUAAUGGGGAUAGCUCUUCUUCUUGGAUUUCUUUUUGAGUUCGACGACGCCAAACAUAAAGGGGAAAGWUUUUUCAAGGGUUUCAGCAGCGUUUUCUGUGACUGUACUUAUAUCUACUUUAUUUUAACCAUGCUCUUCUGCGGCUGUGCGACAGGAAUAAUCCAGACAUUCCUAUUUUGGCAUUUACAAGACAUUGGUGGGACACAAUUUUUAUUUAGUUCCAUUAUAGGACUACAGUGCCUCUCUGAGGUUUUCAUGUACUGUAUUUCAGGGAAUUUGAUUCUAUUCUUUGGCCAUCACCGAGUUCUGUACGCAGGAUUAGUAAGUUAUGCCAUCCGUUUCUUUGGAUAUGCGUUUAUCACUAACAGCUGGUUCAUACUGCCUUUGGAGAUUCUUCAUGGGGUAACAAACGCAGCAGUAUGGUCUGCUGGGGUAGUAUUCGUAGGGCUGAUUCCAGGGGCAACCACUACGAUGCAGGGUAUACUGGGUGGGGUGUAUUUUGGCCUCGGAAAUGGAGGGGGUGGCAUUAUUGGUGGACUUAUCGUCAGUCUUAUUGGCUGUCCCUAUACAUUUCUGCUCCUUGGGAUUGUGAGUAUUGUAGAUCUGUCUCUGUUCGUUCUUGUGAACAACUGUAAUGCUAUGCACUGCACUACGAAGAAGUGUGAAGAUGAUUCGGAGUCAAGAAAUGGCGAAUAUACUUUACUAARAGACGAACUUAAUCCAGGAAAUUAA